CAACAAUAACAUUGAGCGUCAACAACAAAAGAUGUCUUUCCAGCACCGCCUCGACGGGCUCCUAAAUAAGGGCAAAGCCAAACUUAAAGAGUUUACAGACCAGCAUCAAACACCAAGUCAAAACCAGAACCAACACCAGCAACCCAAUCAGUACCAGCAACCCAAUCAACACGGACCCCCACCAAUCCCCUACGGAUCAAGACCAGGAGGCCCUUCACAACAAUCUCCAAAUAUUUACUGGCAAGCUGUCUUUAAUCCUCAAACACCAGUCUCCCACAUCUUCGAGCAGGAAACCGGCGAUCACGGCUGGGGCAACAACGAAUCCCAAAACUACACCUCCGACCCACGCAACUCCUUCUUCACCCCCGAUGGCAAGCUCGUCCUACGAGGCAUCGUACAAACCUCCGCACCUGACAACAAAUACACCAGUGCGCGACUCGUAAGCCACCAGAAGCUAGACCGGCAGAGAGGAUGUCUCACAGCGGUGCUGAGCGCCCCGUGUGCAGGCGGGAUAUGGCCGGCUUUCUGGCUGCUGCCAUCGAAACCGUUCACUUGGCCCACGGAUGGAGAAGUUGAUAUUUUUGAGAGUUGGAAUGGGGAUAGUGUGAAUCAUUCUUGUUUGCAUUGGGGUCAUUUCAAUGGGGAGGAUUGGAAUAAACAUAGGGUUGUUGAUACGCCUAUACCGAGCAUGGCGCAUCAGCCGCAAGUUAUGGCGUUCGCGUGGGAUCAGCCGGACAAUGGACAGGGUGGAAGAGCGGUGUGGUAUAUCAAUGGAGGAGUGGUCAUGAAGGCUGAUAUACCGCCUGGGACGAGGAGAAUCAGCGAUUGGAAUAUCAUCUUGAAUGUGGCGAUGGGGGGGAAUGUUUGUGGUGGGCGGCUGCCGAGCGAUGGCACGUACGAUUUUGUCGUACAUGAGUUGAAGUUGUCGGAAGAGCCGAUUGGGGGCUGGAAUCAGUUUGGGAUGGACUGGCAGAGGGGGAGAGAGGGGAAGACCAUGUGAUGAUUUCAUGAGUUAUGACUUGUGGGGCCGGCUCAGAGAGUGCGACACUGUUACAAAAUCCGUGGAGUUGUGAUUAUCACAUUUGAUCGAAUGGUGUAUCAUUUGAAAAGGGCCAUCACCAAUGAUAAGUUACAGUCACUGGUGUAUGAAGCAGACGGGGAGAUACUGAGUAGGUCUACCGAGAACUUCAUGUCGAUCGAAUGAAAUUAGGGAUUGGGAAUGCGAUAGGACUCGAUGACGGUGGUGACCCUUCUAAAAUCAUAUUUCUGCCCGAAAUUUCUAUGCUCAACUUCUACUAGAUGAAAUAUUCCCUCAUCUAAAAGAAUAAUCUAAGACACACCUCAAAACACUCAGGUCGGGUUUCUCGUACUCAUAAAGGAGAAGAUACGGAUCUAGUAAGAGGAUACUGUGACUGCCGUCAUGCUCCACUAGUAUACUGUUGUCCAUAUUCCCUACAAGAUUCGGUUUCCUAUACGCAUCUCCAGAUAUCGGCUGAAGUAUUCGUAGUAGCUUGAGAAAGGCAGCCUAAAAAUUGCAGUUUGAAAGUAACAUAUCGGUCGCCACGACUACUGCCUGUUUCGAUUGACCGUCUGGCUCACAAGUGGAUGGAUGAUCACCUGCGAAUGCUUGCCAUCUCAUGGUGUCAGGGCUGGACACCCAACUCUGACCACAAAUACGAAACACAUCUGAUGUAAAUAACCUUCACAACUGUCCGAGUAUAAGUUACAUUCAAUUUUCAUUUUUAUUCAAUACAU